UUUAAACCAAACAAUCGCGAACCACAAAAUUUACCUUCCAACUGCCAAGAAGUUUAGGUGUCACGUGAGAUCGACAUCCGGGUUCUGUCAGUGGUCAUUCUCCAACAUGGCGUCUUCAGGGAAGAAGAAGCAGAAAAAGGGAAAGACUCUUACCCUGACUGACUUUCUGGCAGAGGAUGGUGGAGGGUCUACCCAGUUCUUUAUUCCCUCAAAGCCUGUCAGCUGGGCAGAUGAGACCGAUGACUUGGAUAGUGAAGUUUCAACUGCCUGGCCUGGUAUUGAAGAGGAUAUUUAUAAGCCUGCUAUUAACCGGGCAUUGCUACCAACAGCACCUCGUGCUGCUCGAGCACCGGAUGUUGAUAUGAACCGUAUUCCAAAGCAGCCACCCUACACAGCUUUUCUGGGCAAUUUGCCUUAUGAUGUGUCUGAGGACUCCAUCAGAAAGUUCUUCCAUGGAAUGAAUAUCAGUGCAGUGCGUUUGCCAAGAGAGUCCACCAAUCAAGACAGAUUGAAGGGAUUUGGUUAUGCCGAGUUUGAUGAUGUGGAAUCACUUAUGAAUGCUUUGAGUCUCAAUGAAGAGAUGUUGCAAAACCGAAGAAUAAGGGUGGAUAUUGCUGAUCAAGCCCAGGAAAAAGAAAGAGAAUCAGGCAGGGGAGGAGAUCGAGACAGAAUUCGGGAUGCGGAGAUGGAGUCUGAUUGGAGAGCUCGGCCAACAACUAACAGCAACGAUGAUUAUCCAUUAAGAAGGAUGGAAGAUUCAUUUGGGGACAGAACUAGGGACCGUUACGAGUCCCGUGACAGGGAUGGUCUUCGUCGAGAUGGGGACAGAUACAGGGAUGACGGCUUCAGGGAUCGUGGGUAUGACAGAGGUUCCCGGCGUGUGUUUGGCAGUGGCUUCAGAAGAGAUAAUUAUGAUGACAGGCGGAGUGAUGAUUUCCGAGGUGGUGGUGAUCGUUAUAGUGACCGUUACAAUGAUGGCUUUGACCGCUUUGAUAGAAGAGAUGACCGGAGAAGUGACUAUGGCUCAAGAGAUGAAAUGAGGCAUGAAGAUAGAGGUUCUAUGCAGAGACCUAAACUGAACCUCAAACCUCGCAGCAUUCCAAAAGAAGAAGUUGUCAGAGCUCCUCCAGCGCAGUCAUCUGGAAGAUCUGCAUCCAUAUUUGGGGCUGCCAAACCAGUAGAUACAACAGCUAAAGAACGUGAGGUUGAGGAGCGUUUGAAAAAAGAGCAAGAAAAGUAUCAGCGGCAAAUAGAGGAUCAAGAAAGAGGGAUUAAAGGGGUUAAGCAACCAAGGGAACGGCAUCCAAGCUGGCGCAGUGAGGAUCAGCUGGAACGUUCAAGGCCAGCUAGCGAUUCUUCACAGCCAACUGAUACCAGUGGUUCUGGAGGUCGGGCUACCGUUAGGAGAGAGAGUGAGAAGUCAUUGGACAAUGAUAUGUUCAACAAGGAGGAGGAACCACAGUCACCAGUGUCCAAAUCAACUAAACCAGACCAGAUUCCACUUAAGAUUGUACCUGCCCCCCCUCCUAAAGAAAAUGCCUGGACAAAGAGAACAGUUGGAGGUUCCAGUAGUAACCAGAGUGCUGAAGCAGAAGUCACAGCACCUCUCUCACCUGCUAGUGCGCUAUCAAAUAAACCACUUGGUUCGCCAAGUGGUAAAGCUGGCCUAGUUUCACCUACGCAUACGAAUAUGAAGACCUCAUUUAAGGAUGAUAAAGCAGAAUCUGAAAUAAAAGAUAAAACCUCACCCAAAGAGCGUGGUGGUGCAAGUGGUAUGAGCCGGGGACAAAAUGAUGGCAUCAACAAGGAUCGAAGGAAGGAGCCAGACAGGAAAGAUAAAAAGGGCCGUGAUUCAAAACCUGUAACUGAGCCAAAGAAAUAUGAAGAAUCACCCACUCCUAAAUUCAGCUCAGCCAGCAAAUAUGCUGCUUUGAUGAUCGAUGCAGAUGAAGAUGAUGACAGUACAGACUAAAGUUCUAGUCGAGGAAAACACAUCACUUUUCCCCUUUUCAGAGAACUGAAAGAAUGAACUUCAAUUAAAAUGUGACCGUUAACAACCCAUAUGGCUUACAUCUCCCGGAACUUUUUCUUGCAUGCUGCUGCAGCCAUUGAACAUGAAACGUAUGGAGAUUUCAUCAUCCAUUUUAAAAACAUGUCAACCUCAGGCUUUUGAGAAAACAUUGUGUGCAGUAGUUAGAAUGGUAUUUUACAUUUGAAUAUUCCUUAUUUUCUUUUGACUUAAGCAGGUAGAGUUUGGCAAAAAAAUUUAAUAGUGGAAGCAGUGGGCCAUGGAAUGAGAGAAAUUAUAACUGUUGGUGCACUUUUUAAGAUAAAAUAAAAUGGGCUAGUGUGACUGGUGCAGAUAGUUUUCACAAUUUUGGUGCUCCUUCCAAAACUUCAGAUGGUGUUUUUAAAAAAGAAUAAGAAUUGGAAAAAAAAAUGAGAUCUGGGCCGCAGUCAGCCAAAUGUUGUUAUUUCUCUUUUCUGAUUUCUACCAUGACAUCCAAAUUAGUCAACCUGUUACUGGAACUAAUCUUGAGUUUCUACAACUGACGUUGCUGAAUUCCCAACAAUUUGUUUUGCUUUUCUCCCAUAAAUUUGGAUGGGUUAUGCUUUCCUUACUGUCAAAUUGCUUGUAUUUCUGUCAUCAGGUGAGACUAUUGUUGGGGCCAAAUAUGCACCUUGUACUUCCAUCUGUAAACUAAUAUGCGUUGGGGUUAGUGGCCAAUUGUGGUGUUUUGUUUCAGGAUGUCUGUUUCUGAAAGCACUAAUACUUAAUUUUGACCAAUAUGCAUGCAUAGUGCCAUUUUAAAAAAAAGUUAAUGUCCUCACACAGGUUGAGAUUGCAACAGACCAUCAUUACCAAAGUCAAGAUAUUAUUUGCAGUCUAAUUUUAACAAUAUUUAGUCAGUGCAUCUUUGUUUUUUAUAGUUUUUGAAAGUCAUUCAAGUAAAAUUUGAAACUGCAGAUUCCAGGCUUACGCAGUUGUGGCAUUGUUUUAGUUAUACAUAUAUGUAUGAGCUAAGACUUACAAACUAAUAACAGAAUUUUAUGUGCUGAUCAAAAUAAAUUUUAUAUGAAAGUGAAUUAGACAAGCACGUCAAAUAUGUUGAAAACACUGGGAUUGGUUUUUAUUCUGUUUCUGCUGCUUCCAUGCGCUGAUCUUUUAAGUGCAUAAAAUUCCCUAAUUAUAUGUAAAAGGAUAUCUGGCUGCAGCCUUAAGUCCUAGACAUUUGCAAGACAAUGGGGGGGGGGGAAAAUUGCUUUGACUUGCAAAUGUCCAACAUUAAAAGGCUGCUAGUUGUACCAGUAUGGUUUCUACAGUCAAGACGGCAUUGGUACUCUUGAUACACUAAUUCCAGUUUCCAUACAGUAAUUUAGAGCAAUCUCAAAACUGCUUUCCCAGCAAAUGAGUAUAUAGGACAUUACCCUUAACUUUAGUACAUCUGAAGCAGUCUUUACAUAGGUUGUAAUUGCAGGUACAGUUGAGUGCUGUUCCAAGUUGAGCAUUGUAAGGAUAACUUAACACUGUCUAAACUGCUGUACUUGACCUGAAUGGAACACAUUUCCUGCAAACCAGCGACCCUUCACAGUACAAAAAAAUAUGUAUUUUAAUUUUUUUUUUCAGUUUACUGAGAUUAAAACACAUUUGAUUUAUAAGGUAACAGAAAUAGAUUCCAUUUCAUAGUACUCAAAUCCAUCUGGUUUACAGCCAAUGCUAUUCAUGAAGGUAAUCACCUUUUUUUUUUGUCUGUACUUGACAACACAUCCUAGCAGAGCUGAAAGGGCUUAAAUUCUUAUAGCUCAUAUUAGUGCAGCUCUGUCUUGCAAAACACAAGCAUUUUGACAAAAUUGCAUUCUUUUCCUGAAUUUUUAGAUGAUCAGAUUCAGACUUUGGGGAAAAAAAGACAUUUUAUAGUGGGAAAAUUAAAUGCCUGUCUUGAAUCAUUUUGCUAACGUUAUUUGGGGCAUAAACUACAAAUUUUAAAAAUUGAGUCCUGCAAUUAGAUUCCAAGUUUGUUUUUCAGUUAUGUUGGGUCUGUAGGUCAUUGAAAACUGCCCUGAGUCUUUUGUUUUCCUCUUCAGGAAACAAAAAUUGUAUGAUUCUAUUUAGUUUGCCUUUCUACUAAACAAAUCUUCAAUGAGAUUACUGUGGUCACAUUGAAAUGUGUGUGACUCGGGUCUAAACCAGUGAUCAGGACUCUGUGCACUUGCUCUUCAUAAUGAGUCAUUGACAACAAAUCUAAGAAAAUCAAAACCCACAUAUUGCUUGCCAUUUGUUUGGCGAUCCAUUUGAUAUACAGUACUAAUUUACCUAGUCACUAGCAGUUCAAACUGGACUCUUUAACUGCUUGUUAAAGCCCCCUUAAUUUCUCACCCACUGCUUAACUGCUCUCAAGUAGCAGUGUUUUUCUCUUUUAUCAGACUUAGUGUCAUUUUAUGGCUGCAGUGGUUUGUACUAAUAUUAAAGCAGUUUCAUCUGGUAGGAAUAGGUUUGUUGAGUUCAUAAUGUCAGCUGAAGUAUUUUGAUGGGCAAAAAAUUGGAAAUCUUUGUGUAUAGUACAUUUUAAAAUUGGCUGAAAGAACUUAAAUUUAUAACUCUAGAAUUCUUGGUUAUACAGGUCCAAAAAGAAGUCUGUGUCUUGAGAAAUUGAGUUUUAGACGCAGGUAUUUAUUGGUAAGACUCCUAAAUGAGGCCCUUCCCUCCAUUUUAAAAGAAUUUAAUGAAUUAGUUUACACCACAUCACCAUUCAGAGGACUUAUGUAAAAUUUGUAUAAUACCUUCUAUUAAAAAAAGAUUUGUACUCUAUAGUCUGCUUUCCAGGAGAUGUCUUUUAUUAUCAUGUAUAAUGCCCCAUCAGUUUUCCUUCCAAUAAACUAAUCUUUGGAAUACCUUCA